AUGUACGUGAACGAUCGACGGUUCUCGAGAUCCACGCAGCACGACCGUAGCAGAGACCAUGAACAGUCGACCAGCCUCGCACCGUCCGAUGUCGCCACCAUCUUCGAAUCCUGCUCGCGAUUGGUCGAUCUCCAGCUGGAUGGCAUUCCGGAGAUUCCGCCUGCCAUCAGCUGUUUGCAGCAGCUCACGAGGCUCAGCGUGAGGCUCAGCGAAGGCGUUACCGGGUUACCAGAGGAGUUCGGCAGGCUGGUAGGACUUAAGGUUUUGCGACUUUAUACGGGUUUUUCGUUUCGUGAGUCACCUGAUCCCAUAUGCUAUCUCAGCUCCUUGGAGCGCCUCUCCUUUAGCGGCUCCGACAUUUUUCAUCUGCCAAGUGAAUUGGGACAGCUCCAGAACUUGAAAAGCAUCAGCCUUUCGUAUCUUGAAGAAGUCGUUGAGCUGCCAGAUUCAAUCUGCGAGCUUUCAAGCCUUACGCGCCUUUCUCUCAGCCACUGCCCGCAGCUCACCAGGCUGCCCGAAAACCUUCACCAACUGUUCGAUCUGGAUACAGUGGAGCUGAUUGAACUGAUGGCAUUGACAUCAUUACCUGAGAGUAUCGGCCAGCUGCCCGCUCUACAGGACUUAUACCUUCAAACCUGCUCGCGACUGACGCAACUGCCAGGCUCCCUAUCUGCCAGCCAGACUCUCCAUCGCCUCACGGUCGACAACUGCAUUGACAUGGCCUCGCUACCCGAAGACCUCGGUAUGAUUGCUACUCUCCAGUACCUGCAUCUCUACACUCUCGAUGAGCUCAGCGUUCUUCCGGAUUCCCUCGGCCUGCUGUCUGGGCUGAAGGAGCUGAGAAUCGUUGACUGCUGGGAGUUGGAGGGUUUCCCGCAGUCUGUUUCGGCCAUGGGGUCCCUGACCAGCCUGGUUCUCGACGGGUGUGCUGUCAGGGCGCUGCCCGAAGACAUCGGGCAGCUUCAGAACUUGAGUUUUAUGAAGCUGUCUUGCUCCAAACUCGUGGAUCUGCCCGAGUCUUUCGGGCAGCUCGGGAAGCUGAGGGGGCUGAUUCUGCAUGCGUGCUACGACCUGGGUGAACUCCCGGCCUCCUUCUCGAACCUCGCUUCACUGGAAGUACUGGAGAUGUAUGGCGCGCCCUAUCUUGAAGAGUUGCCUCCGGGGUUUGAGAAGCUGCCGCAGCUGAGUAGAUUGGAGCUGUUUAACUGUGCCAUCGGGGAACUACCUGACGAGUUUGGGGGCUUGGCGAACUUGAGAGUAUUCAAGAUCGGUGCCAGGGAUACUUAUAACAGGAGAGGGUUGGAUGCUGAUAUCUAUUUAUCUGAUGGUCCCAGGAGUUCGGAAGCAGAGGCUGUUUCCGAGUCUGACUUACACGGGUCAUGUGGACUUUAUCAAUUUCCACCGUCCUUGGUUCACCUCGCCCGUCUGGAGCAGCUGAUAAUAGACCGAUGCGAGCUGCUAAAGGGGUUACCAAUGGGCAUGGGAAAUCUGUCCAGCCUCAAAGUGCUUGAGGUUAUCAACUGCGAGUAUCUCCAGGUCUUUCCGUCGCUCUUGCCCACUCUUGCUCAAACCAAUGAAGCAGGAACUUGUGUUGCUGCUGAAGCUGCUGCUAAUGCUGUUAUUGCUGACAUCAUUGCCGGUGCUGUUGCUUCCAACGCCCAUCUCUUUAACUACAUACCUCUCCCAUCGCUCCAGCGCCUGAAAAUCUCCGGGUGCUGCGAUUUGCAAUACCUCCCAGAGGGCCUCGCUAAGCUACCUAGGCUGGAAGAUUUCACGCUUGCAGACUGCAACAAGCCAAGAUUUGCCGACCAGGUCGUCUGGGCCUUCACUAGACCGGUCGACCCCCUGCCUCUUUCUGCACCCAUCUCCCUUCCUCGCUCCCUGACCUCCAUUUCCAUUUCCUACACCUUUGGGUUCGUUCGCUACCUCCCAGAGUCCUUUCUUUCUCUCAGCCGCCUUACAAGCCUGAAUAUUCAAGGUCUCCACUCACUCAAGCAGCUGAUAGCCCCUCCGACCCUUCACCAGAUUCCAGCCGAAUGGGAGGGGGAAGCCACAUCUGGAGAUCCUCCUGUCAUCACAAGUCCUAGACUCACCGUAGCCAUCGGGCAAGCUAGGUUGGAGCUCCUAUCCUCUCUCACCUGCCUCAAUAUCAGCCAUACCAGUUUGCCUGCGCUUCCAGAUAACCUGAGCGACCUGAGAGCGCUGAAAGCACUUGUGCUAGAGGAGUGCUCUGCCAUGCCACUCCUUCCUGCCUGCCUGCCCGACCUCUCAAAUCUCGAACAGCUGACCAUCAAGUCUCUCCCGCUACUUACCCACCUGCCCGAAAACCUCGGGCAGCUGAAUGUUCUCAGCCUGCAUCUUGAAUCAUGUAAGGACCUGCAACGCCUUCCUCCUUCCCUCACUCUCAUGCCCUCCUUGAAAUUCCUCAGCAUUGUCGACUGUCCCCGUAUCACCAGCCUCCCAGAUUCCAUCUCCUCCCUCUCCCGCCUCGCAUCUCUGAAGGUUGAGCGCCUGCCUGGUCUGCACCAUGUCCCCCCCACUCUCCCCCUCCUCCCGUCCCUUGUCAAUCUUUCUCUAAAAGGGUGCAUUGGCCUACGUGCGCUGCCCAACGACUUGGGCGGUUUGUCCUGUCUGAGGGAGGUGGAUCUGGACGGGUGUUCGCAGCUAGAGACUGGCAAGGGUGGCGGUGCUGGGAGCAAGAGAGCAGCUUUUGCAGCUGCUGUGAGAAACGCAGCUUCUCUGGUUACUAACGUCCCUCGUAAACUAAAGGAGUCUGCUGCUCCGAUAAAAGAGGUGUCUGGUAGGCUGAAACGAGCUGCUGACGUGGCUGCGGAGGCACCUAGAGCGUUGACCCAGGCUGCGGACGAGGUAGGUCGGAAGGCCGGGCAGAAGCUGACUCAGCUGCCGGAUUCUGUCUUUGACUUGGGUCAACGCACUGGUCAACGCGUAAAGGGAAGGUUGGGCGACUUGGCAGGUGAUAAGAUAGGGCAAAAUUUGGGUCAACUGCCGGAUGCAGUCUUUGACCUGGGUCAACGCACUGGUCAACGCGUGAAAGGCAAGCUGGGAGGAUUGGCAGGUCACAAGGCAGGGGAGCAGUUGGUUCAUUUGCCUGAUUUUGUCUUUGACUUGGGUCAACGCACUGGUCAAGGCGUUAAAGGCAGACUGGCAGAAGUGGCAGGUCAUAAGGCUGGACAGAAUUCGGUUCAACUGCCGUUUUCUGACCUAAACGUGGGUGAAAUUCCGGAUUCUGUCUUUGACUUGGGUCAACGCACCGGUCAACGCGUCAGAGGCACGCUGAGGGAUCAGGCUGGUGGGUGGAGGAGGAGACUGAGUCAACGCUUGGUUGACCGGUCCAAUGCAGUGAGUACAGGUGGAGAUGGAUUACAGGACAGGGCAGAAACAGGUGAGGGAGCCUCAGCAGGUGUAGCUUCGGCAGGUGUAGCUUCGGCAGGUGUAGCUUCGGCAGGUGUAGCUUCGGCGGCAGGUAUAGCUACUGCAGGUGUUGCAACAAGUUCAGGUUCAGAGGAAACACGUCAGAAGCGGGUUAGGUUGCGGAUUCGAACCUCUUUAACAACGAAGGAGCAAGGGAAGACGCUCAGGAAACAUGCACAGGCGUUGAAACAGCAUUCCCAAGCGUUGACCCAGCUGGUCCAGCCGCUGCUGAAAGAAACAUUGAGGCAAAGAGCUGGGUUACUUGCGGAUGCUACUGCUGCCACUCCUGAAAGACUACGUGCUAUAAGAAAAGCUGCCACUGCUACUGUCAGCGUCUCUCUCUUAGCAACCACUGCCGCUGCGGCUGCUGCUGCUGCUCGUGGGGGGUUGGUGGUGGGUUCUGUUGGCGGCAGUGCUGCCUUUGCUCGGCAGAUUGCUAGGAGAAGGUACGCUGUUGAUGGUGGCGCCUCUGCAGUGGUGGUGGUGGGCAGUGAUGGAUAUGCCAUUGCGGAUGUUGCUGCUGCUGGUGAUGAUUGUAGUGGCUGUGGUUGUAAUGUGCUAGAGAGCGGUGCUGUUAGGGAGAGGGAUGGAGGUUAUAGCGAGGGGGGGUUUGGUGCGAAGGCGGGUGGUGUGACUAAUGGCAGAGGUCGUGGUGAUGCAGUGAAGCAUGUGCAGCUGGUUUCUUGGAGACGGGGAAGAAAUGGACAGGAGCUGGAGGAGACUGCUGAGCAGCGGUGGUGGAGGGAGAAGAGUGGGAAGAGGAGACGAGGAGGGUCGAACUGGAUAAUUGGUAGUAGCAGUGGCAGCAGCAGUCAUGGUUCUGAUAAGGAGAGAUUGAGCCGGCACAGGGCAUGGGAGGGAGGCAAGGAGAGUGUUAGAGUGGUGAGGGGAGAAGCGGGACAUGCCAAGGAAGUCAGUCAAGUCAACGGGGGCAGUCAAGGGGGAGUCAGUGCAAGUGAAUUUAGGAGAAGAGAGAGAGAUGAGGCAAGGAGGGUAAAGGAGGAAUUAAGGAAGAGGGAGAAGGAAAUGAAGAAGGAAAAGGAGAGGGAAAGAGAGAGGGAGAGGGAGAGGGAAAGGGAGGCGCUAGAGUAUGAGAUAUGGCUGCAGGGGGUGUGGGAUGAGGCAGUAGCGCGGGGCAUAUCGGAGGAGACAGUGAGGGAGGCUUUGGAAGGACUGCAGCCGCUGCCUGCUGUGGUGUCCAAGGUGACUGGUGCCGCGGAGGUGGUGCUGACUGCACGGCAGUACGUGGACAGGAUAGUGAGUGAUGCACGGGUGCUGGAAGGGAGGCAGGUGAUGGAAGCUCACAGGAAGCUUCUGGCGGAGAUCGAGGAGAUAUACGGCGUGCCGGCCAAUGUGAUGACUGCGCUGUGGGGCAUCGAGAGCAGCUAUGGGAAGAACAUGGGCAAGUGGGACGCCAUUCAAGCUUUGCUCACCCUUGCGUAUCGCACAAAGCAGCCCCGCCGUGCUGCCUUCUUUAGGGAGGAGCCGAUGGAAGCGCUGUCGAUUCUCCAGAACAGCCAAGGGCCUUCCAUAGCAGCAGAUUCCCACCAGCGUGUUCCUUUUCUCUUCCCUUCCUUUUUCUCUCUGCAGCCUCGCCGCGCUGCCUUCUUCCGGGAGGAGCCGAUGGAAGCGCUGUUCAUCCUUGAGAACAAUCAAGGCCAAGGGCCAUCUCUUGCACUGCACUCCCACCACCCAGUUCCCUGUUCUCCUCCAUUCCCUUUUUUCGUGCAGCCCCGUCGUGCUGCCUUCUUUCGGGAAGAGCUGAUGGAAGCCCUUUCGAUCCUCCAGAACAACCACGGGCCUUCUGUAGCAACAAGAGGCCUUCCUGCUGUUCCUGCUGUUCCGGUUCCUGCUGCUGCUGCUGAUACAGCUGCAACGGCAGUGGGAGAGAGGAGGGUGCGGCUGCUGGGAUCGUAUGCAGGGGCGAUGGGUCAAUGCCAGUUCAUGCCUUCGUCUUUCAACGCAUAUGCUGUGGACUAUGAUAAAGAUGGGCGGAGAGACAUCUGGACUUCAGUUCCCGACGUGCUAGCAUCAAUGGCAAACUACCUCAAGUGCAACCGGUGGAGACGAGGAGAGCCGGUGGGGGUUGAGGUGGUCGUCCCCCCGGACCUCCCGCUCUCGCUCUUAAAGCCCGCCGUGAAACUCACCGUGGCGGAGUGGCAGCAGAAGCACGGACCCAUUGCUCACUCCACUUCUUCCUUUCUCUCCGGGACUGUUGCUCAUGGUUGCUCCGCCUCCACCUGUCUUCUAUCAAUCCGACCCCACCUCCCCCAGGUUGCACCUGACGGUCCAGCUGGCGUUGCUUACCUGGCAUGCCACAACUUCCAUGUCAUCCUGCGCUACAACCCCUCCUCGCUGUACGGGCUCGCCAUUGCUGAGCUGGCACGCAGACUGGGAUAA